GGACGCAAUCCAUACACGUAUGUAGAUCACUGCACACAUCUUCUCUUUGUUGUUCGAUCUAGAAAAGGAGCAAAACAUUUUUCAGCUGGUCACUGGACAUUUUCAGAAUGGGGUUUCUUGAGGCCUUCUUUGGGGGAGUAAUUGAACCCGUCAGUAACAUAGCAAAAAGCGGAUCUGGGUUCGCCAGCUCCUUUGGGUUCGUUUUCCAGCCCCCCUCGCAACCAGGCUACACUGUGAAACAGGGGCCUGGUGGCAAGCUCGUGCUAGGCCCAGGAAAACCGGGAGGACGAAAGCUGCCUGAGGGAGAUGUGGUGCGGCUCACAACAGCUCGUGGCAGCACGAUAGUGGCCGUCUUUAUACCAUACAAGUCAGACUUCAAGCCUGCAAAGGCUGCCAGCACUUCCUACAGCUUGGCAGCAUCCCCCUUCCCUGAGGCCGUGCGCAGGCCCACCAUCCUCAUCAGCCACGGGACUGCAGUCGACCUGGGCCGACUUGUGCCCUUCUACAGCGAGGUUGCGAAGGACUUGAAGUGCAACUUCUGCGCGUAUGACUACACCGGCUACGGGCAGAGUAGCGGGCGGCCCUCAGUGGCCGACACAAUUGCGGAUGUGGACGCAGUCUUUGCAUGGCUGCAGCGCCGGGGGGUCCAGCGGCAGGAUCUCAUCCUGUACGGGCAGAGCCUUGGCUCCGGGCCCACGCUGGACUUGGCUGCCCGGGAGAAGAGGAUUGCCGGCGUGGUGCUGCAUGCUGCGUUCGCCUCAGGGUUGAGGCAGGUGAGGCCUGGGGGAAAGUACUUCCCGUCCUGGUGUGACAUCUUCCCCAACUCGGAGCGGAUACAGCAAGUGGAGGCGCCCGUCUGCGUCCUCCAUGGGACGCGGGACUAUGUGGUGGACAUAGAGGCAGGCAGAUAUUUGCACAAGCUGGCCAAGCGGCCGGCGGCUCCUUACUGGGCUGAGGGGUGCCACCAUGAGAAUGUAGAAAUGAGCGCUCAGUACAUUCCCCACCUGCGACGCUUCCUGCAAGGAAUUUUUGGCUCCAGCUACGCAGCCCUUGAAUAA